AUGUCCGAAAACUGCCCAGCCGAUCAAGAUGUGCUGGAGUUGACCGACGCUAUGGCCAAACUCAGCUGUAAGGACGACAACACUUUGUCUAAGAAACCCAGCUGCAAGGACGGUUUGCCGCAACAUCAAAAGAAAUCGAAGGAGCAGGGUCUAGUGUCCGCAAACGGCCCAGUUGAUCAAGAUGCGUUGGAGUUGACCGACGCCGUGGCCGAACUCAGCUGUGAUGGCGAUAACAAUCUGCCUGAGGAAUGGCGAAACGUGCCUGGAUUUCCCGGACUGGCCGUGGAGCGAUACUUUGACAGUUUGCCGCAGCAUCAAAAGAAAUGGAAGGAGCAGGGUCUAUCAACAUUCGAGGUCAUCACGGAUGCCUCUGGCCAACGCAUGAUGAAACCUCGCUGGUGCCCCAACCCGCAACUUUCCGCCUUCAAGGAACUCAAGCACGAGGUGGGCAUGGAAUGGGUUACCUUGUCCCGAAACGUCGUCGCAGGCCAAGUCGAAACAUCACUGCCAUUCAGACACGAGAACGCCUAUUAUAGGCAAGACCCGACCACCCAUGAAUACAAGUUGACGACUGAUGAAUGGAUUACCGUCCCCGAGGAGGAGGUGCCUAAACUCGAGGAACAAGGUUGGAAGGUCUACUGCCCUCCCUUUCCCGCACUUGACCCAGAGACCAAUCGAGAUGAGCGGGUUCUCCCUGGGCGUCCUGCAGACGUCAUAAGUACGGACAAUCCAGUCGCCGACGGAAACUACUAUCUGCGCGACGGAUUCGAGAUGAUGAAGCGCAUGUCGGACAACAAGUGGAAGCCAGGCGACUUGCUGGACGAGGAUGGAUCUGAUCCCAAGGUGAAGGACGGAUUGGCAUCUUAUGCAAGCCGCAGUGACUGGGACCAGAUCACCGACCUUCGCUCAGCCACACCUACGAGUCAUGUCUUCCAUCACGAUCGGCCAGAUGAUGUUUGCGUCGGAUGGGGUGGCUAUGACGACUUCAAUCAUUGGCAAUCUUGUGGUCGCAGAGUCACCAAAGAUAUGGUUGGCGUCCAAAAUCCUAAAGCCGCCGAAGAUCCGGAAGCCGAGGAGAGAAUAGAGGAACGAAAGUGGGAGGACGACAGUACGAGGCCAACAAGGUUUGUCGAUGAGGCAGGCAAGCUUUUUUGCACCGUGCCAGCGUACGUUACACAGCCUUUGCAACGCCGCGGUCGCCAGACAACCAAGAAAGCCAAGCCCAAGUCGCUCUACAGUCGCCUGCAUCCACCACCCAAAACCGACAAGACCGACAAGACCGCCAAAGAGCCCAAAGAGCCCAAAGAGCCAACCCUGGCUUGGCCUGGCACCGGUGGUAGUAAAUGGUGA